GUGGAUUGGGGGUGUGGGUGCGGGUGGGUUGAUUCGAGGGUGGGCUGUCUGAGUACGUACCGACUCUCUGGACAUCCAUGUACCUAUCCUGGAUCCAAGGCCAGAGGGAAGGAGACAGAGAGAGAGAAAAGCGUAGGUGCGUGCCUCCCCUCGUACCGCCUACCGCUCUAACCCGCGCACCACACCUUUCGCUUCUCUCUCUCUCUCUCCCUCUCCCACCGAUACCUAGCACCGCUACCACCACCACCAUCAGCAGCCUGGUUGGCGACCAUUUGUUAUUAUUAAACCCGGACCCCGUCCGACCACCCCCCUUCCAUCUAAGAAAGACCCUUCUCGGUUUCUCUCACACUCCUUUCUUUGUGUCGUGCAGAGUUGUCGUGAGGAGUUUGGAAAUAGCUUCCUCGACCUCGAAUCACCAUUGCGAAUACCCUCAACCUCCUCCUUAUCCUCCCGGACCGACCCCGAUAUCCCCUCUGUCUUUGUACGAGGACUCCCUCCGAAAUCUACAACUCGAGAAAAGAGAGCCACUGUCCGCGGUGAGCUAUCUCUAUCUCGCUUCCCGCCAGAAACACCAAGGAAAAAAAAACUGUGAGUAUUCUCUGUUUGGCCACCCUUCAGGAGAACAACAACACCAGGAAACCAGUGCCAUGGUUUUUGACCGCUGCCUUUUGCCUCUUGCCCAGCUUGUUGCCUCGUUUUUGUGACUCCUCACUACCCUGCCUGCUUAUCUUGUCGCCUCGUUGGAGGAGAGGAAACGAGAAGGGAAAUCUCUGCCUCGCACACUGCACUUCGCAUCUUGCACCGCUCACUUGCUGUUGGUUGUCAUAUUUACUGUCUGCCUGUGU